AAUCGCCACUAAUGGAAUUUGACGUGUACUCAACUGAUGAUUUAAAAAUUCCAAAACACUACCGUGUGACCGUUAUUUUGCAUCUCAACACUACGCAUGGUCAUUGAAAUUCCUCCACAAUAAACCAAAAAUAACACAAUAUGCGUAUGUAUGUAUAUCCUCGGCCAAAAAUCAGUGUAGUUUAUGCCGAAUUUUUAACAGUGUAUCAAGUUUGCGCAUGUCUCAAACUCAUCUCACAGUGUCCUACCAUCAUUGUAUCGAUUUAUACAUUGAGUAAUUUUUUAACAGAGCAACGAAAUUUUCAUACAAAUUGGUUUUUUUGCUCCGCAAAAUAUACACAACAAAUUGCCAAAAGUUAGCUGCUAAAUAUUUGGGAGCUUAGAAAAUUAAUACAAAAUUCAAAUAAAACAAAGAGAAGCUCAUACGUGGUAUAAAAAGCAGGGUAUAAAAAAGACAAACUUGAAAAAAUGGGUGAUAGCAACGAACAAAAGGCUUUGCAAUUAAUGCAAGACGCUGAAAAGAAAUUGAGUCAGCAAAAGGGAUUUUUCGGUAACAUUUUCGGUGGCUCCAACAAGGUGGAGGAGGCCAUAGAAUGCUAUCAAAGGGCUGGAAAUAUGUUUAAAAUGUCCAAAAAUUGGACAAAGGCUGGUGAGUGUUUUUGUGAAGCUGCCGCAUUACAUGCCCGGGCCGGCAGUCGUCAUGACGCUGGCACAAAUUAUGUCGAUGCCUCGAAUUGUUAUAAGAAAAUCGAUGUGGAAAUGGCUGCCCAGUGUCUAUUGAAAUCCAUUGACAUUUACACAGACAUGGGCAGGUUUACCACGGCUGCAAAACAUCAUCAAAGCAUUGCAGAAAUGUAUGAAAGCGAUCCUAAUACGCUGUUGAAGGCCAUUGAGCAUUAUGAAAAAGCUGCUGACUAUUUCAAGGGCGAAGAGUCAAACAGCUCGGCCAACAAAUGUCUGCUAAAAGUGGCCCAGUAUGCUGCACAAUUGGAGGACUAUCAGAAGGCAAUUGAACUUUAUGAGCAAGUUGGUGCCUCAGCCCUGGAAUCAUCUCUGCUCAAGCAUAGCGCCAAAGAGUAUUUCUUCCGUGCUGCCUUGUGCCAGUUGAGUGUGGAUGUUUUGAAUUGCCAGCAUGCCAUGGAGAAGUAUAUACAAAUGUAUCCAGCAUUCCAGGAUUCGAGGGAAUUCAAAUUGGUCAAAUCGUUGUGUGAACACUUGGAGGAACAAGACAUUGAAGCUUUUACCGAGACGGUAAAGAAUUAUGAUAGUAUUUCACGACUUGAUCAAUGGUAUACCACCAUACUAUUGCGGAUUAAGAAGGCCAACGAUGAUAAUCCCGAUCUCUGUUAAGUAUAUCCCCUCUAUCUAUAUAUCUAUAUACAUACAAACAUAUUAAUAUUAUUGUUAAAUUAAGCAAGAAGCAAGCGAAGGGUUGGUAAUAGCAACAACACUAACACUUAACAAGAAAUCCAAAAAAAAAAAUCUCCCUCCUGCCCCUUUCCUUCCUUGGAUAUUCUUUUUACUAACCCACUUCUUAAACAAAUCCCUUAGCAUAAUUACAAACAAAAACAGAAAGGAAAAGAAAUUAGAAAAAAUUCUAAAAAAUAUAAAGAAAAAUAAAAAAAAUUGUUUUUUGUCUUUUUAAAUAAUAUUAUUAUAUAUAAAACAUAUUCCAUAUAUUAUAAAAAAAAAAUAAAUAUAAUAAAUUAAUUCGAAUAAAUGCAAUUAUUAAUUAUUAUAAAAAAGUAAGAGAAAUCCAUACAUAUUAAUUAAUAAAGGAAAAAAUAUAUUUAAAUUAAUUACUAAUACACACACAUACCACAUGUGUAAACUAUAUGUUAUAAUAAUUAUUUUCAAAAACAAAAUUAAAACCAAAGAAAUAAAGCAAAACAUUGAAAUCUUGUGAAAAUUGAAACGAAAACAAUUUCGCCAUAUAUUUAGUCACAACAUUCCUUUUACUAAGGCCUAGAAACAAAAACAUACCUUGGUCAUUUACCGGGAAAGGGAUUCUUUUCUCUUGGUAAGAAAAUAAAAUUACCGCAUGUGAAAUAAAAAGGUAUUUAAAUAAAGAAUGCUUUAGUCGCCACCAAAUUGAAUAUCCUUAAUGGAAA